GUCUAUAUUUGUGGCAAUAAUUUUCAGUUUAGUUUCUUUUGAAUGUGUCUUAAGUUUCAAAUAUUAUUACAUCACAAACGAUGGUAUUAUCCAUUCAGAUGUCACUUAUAAUGAGACAAUGGAUUUACCCAAAGAAACGGUGGCUUUACUUAUAUAUGAAAAUAAUGUCAACAAAACCGGUUGGGCGAAUUUAGAGUUAAGAACUUAUGAGGGCUUCUCGGAUGAGAUCCAGUCAUAUAUGGCUGGAGUUAUCGAGGGAUACAUUACUGGAGAACUAAUUCAUAUGAAUUAUCGGAAUCGGAUUGAAGGCUAUUGUGAUGAAAGGAAAAGAUUUUGUGAAUUACUUAAAGAAUUUACUGAAAAUAACACAAAAUUUGUGGAAACAAUGAUUGAAAAGAAUAAGAAUAAUGAUUAUUGGCAUCAAAUCGGAUUGAAGGCUAUUGUGAUGAAAGGAAAAGAUUUUAAUAAGAAUAAUGAUUAUUGGCAUCAAUUGGAUCUCAUAUACAAACAGAUCAAUGGAUUAGAAGAAGGAUACAAAAUCAAUGGAUUAGAAGAAGGAUACAAAGUAUGGAAAGUCGAGAAUAACAUCAAAAAUCCAACUGAAAGACAAUAUUUAAGUGAAAUUUUUUGGUUAAAUGUUGGCUCAGAAUUGUCUAAUUUGAGGUCAAUAUUAACCCCGAACUCAACGGUUCGUUAUAGAGGCCACUGUUCAGCAAUUGUCAAACCCCUGGCCGAUGGGAGUGACCUAUUUGUGGCUCACAAUACUUGGAGUGGAUUUGAAACAAUGCUAAGAAUUAUGAAGAAAUAUAGCUUUGCUUUCAAUACAUUGCAAUCGAAUCAUACGAAACGAAUUGCUGGACAUUCCGUAUCCUUCUCUUCAUCUCCGGGUCGUAUAUUCUCUGGCGAUGACUACUAUGUCUUAUCCUCUGGUCUUGUGGUUCAAGAAACUACAAUUUCAAACCGAAACCUUUCCCUUUAUAAAGAUAUAAAAGCUGAGGAAAUAGUCUUUGAGUUUAUCCGCAAUGUUGUGUCCAAUCGUUUGGCCGAAUCGGGCAAAGAGUGGACACAACUGUUUGGUCCGUAUAAUAGCGGGACUUAUAAUAACCAGUUUAUGAUCGUUGACUACAAGCUCUUCAAAAAGGGAACAAAAGUGUCUAAAUUGGCCGAUAAUUUACUUUGGAUUGUGGAACAGAACAACUGUUUGUUUAUGAUCGUUGACUACAAGCUCUUCAAAAAGGGGACAAAAGUGUCUGAAUUGGCCGACAAUUUACUUUGGAUUGUGGAACAGUUGCCGGAUUUCAUACACUCGGCUGAUGUGACUCCUGUAUUAAGAUCACAGGGCUAUUGGGCCUCUUAUAAUGUGCCAUAUUUUCAGGAUAUCUAUCAAAUUAGUGGUAACGAAGACUUAUUCCGCAAAUCGGGACCCUAUUAUAGCUAUAAUCUGACGGCUCGGGCGCUGAUCUUCAAGAGGGAAGAAUCAAAAGUAACUGAUUUGAAGACAUUGUAUUCACUGAUGCGUUACAAUGACUUCAAAAAGGAUCCGUUGUCUGAAUGUAAGGUAUAUAACAAAGAAUGCAUUCCUCCGUAUUCUGCGGACCUAACCAUUGCUGCCAGAAAUGACUUGAAUGAAGUGAACGGCAGUUAUCCGAUCGACUCGUGGAAACGCGAGGCGGAGGGCGCGACGGAUGCAAAGAUGACAAACUCAUCGAUGGUUAAGGAUCUGGAGAUGUUGGCCGUCAGUGGACCCACUGAUGCACAACAGCCCCCAUUCCAGUGGUCCACCAGUGGAUUCAAGGAUAACCAUUACGGACAUCCGGAUUUGUUUAAUUUCAAACCUAUUUAUGUCAAAUGGUUUCCUAAAUCUUAUGAAACGGCAGAUGAUGAAUGCAUUCCUCCGUAUUCUGCGGACCUAACCAUUGCUGCCAGAAAUGACUUGAAUGAAGUGAACGGCAGUUAUCCGAUCGACUCGUGGAAACGUGAGGCCGAGGGCGCGACCGAUGCAAAGAUGACAAACUCAUCGAUGGUUAAGGAUCUGGAGAUAUUGGCCGUCAGUGGACCCACUGAUGCACAACAGCCCCCAUUCCGGUGGUCCACCAGUGGAUUUAAGGAUAACCAUUACGGACAUCCGGAUUUGUUUAAUUUCAAACCUAUUUAUGUCAAAUGGUUUCCUAAAUCGAUACUUUGCCUUAUUUAA